AUGAGGUCAAAGGAAAACACUCAGCUCAAUGCCAUCUGGGUCCAGAGCAGGGGACUAGCAAGUACUUGUCAGAGCCUCUUUGGUGCGGGAGUCAAGGAGGCCCUGUACCAGCUGUGGGGCUCCAGCAGGGACGUUACCCCACGUUCAGGAGAGGAAUCUGCUGAUCCCCUAGGGAAGGGACUACUCCCAGCUGAGGAGUUGAUUAGAAGCAACCUUGGAGUUGGCAGGAGCCCCAGAGAUUGUCUGAGUUAGUCCAAGAAACAGGCUAAGGAGCUUGGGAGCAAGAGACUAAAACCAGCCAAGUUUGGGACAAAAGGGAAGGAAAGGGUUGAGCAGUGAACAGAAAGACAAAGAACAGGCAGUUCCAAAGAGCCAAGAAUGCAAAUCAUUUGCAGACGCAGCCAGCGAGAGCCUCCACCGAGGCUGCUGUGGGGGUGCCUGACGCUGUGGGCACAGCCACUUCUACACGUCACGGUGAGCGUGAGUCCAUGUGUGUGAGGUCCCCACUGAGUCAUCCCGAGUGUGUAAUGAUUGUAUCAGUUGUGAGUCACCAACUGUGUGUCAAUCGGGCGGGGUGUGUGUGUGCUCAGUGCACAAGCGUGUGAGGGCUGCCUGUACCCAGAGUGACAGUGGAAUGUGAAUGAGAGCCAGAGAGCUUGGGGAGUUCAGAGCACUCCCAGGGGGAAGCUGUGUUUAAAGGGCACCACGCUUCAUUCACACCAUGCAUCACACACCACAUUUCUGAACACGUUCCAGAGAAAGCCAUCUGUGCCCGCUUCCUGCUGAAACCCCCUACGGAGCAGCAGCGCUGAAUUCCUCAGGCUCACGGGGUUGUUCUCAGAGUCAGAGAUGGCCACAAUCUUACAAUCCUUCCUGCAUUUCAAGCCCUUCGUCUUGCAGAGGGAGGAACUAUGGCAGAGAAAGCUGACACAAUGGUCCCAGAGUCACAGAGCGACUGGUAGAAAAGCCAGGUGUGGACCCAGGUAUCUGUCGGAAUUCCCUGCCCAGGACUCAGUGUGUCAGCACAGAGUGGGUCCUUUUUCCUUUUCUCAGCAGGGAUGUGAUGACAUCACUUCUUUUAACUAAAACGCACCCAGAUCCUCCCAUAAAAUGAAACCCUGACUUCACGUCCUAAAGGCUAGAUUUGAUGAAUAGCCCAAAAGGAAAAGUUGGGGCAUCUCUGGCCAGACGGUUCUAGACCAAGAGUCAUUUGACCUACUUUCCUAGAGCCUUGCCCCACCCAGUUCAGGACAAGUCCACAAGGAGACCUAUUCUUAGGUCUC